AUGAAGAGCACAGACCUCUCAAGAGAAGUUUUUAAGUGGGAAACUCUUGACAGAGACAUACUCGAGCUUAUCUUCACUAAGCUCGACAUAAGAGACCUUAUCAAGGGAGCUUCACGCGUCUGCAUCUCCUGGUUCCUUGCCUCUCACAACAAAACCCUGUGGAACACCGUCGACCUUGACAAGCUCAAACAAGUAGAUAAAGAAGGCCUAUUCCGUAGGAAUAUUCUGACUAAGAUCAGCAACUACUUCUUCGAUUUUUGUCAAGUACGCAGAAGUCUCACGGAUAUCACCAAGUUUAGCCGCAAUGCCCCAAAGAAUUUGUUCUUUAGCUUCAAUUCCUAUAUAGAAGAGCGCGAUCUGAUGUUCGCUGCUGUGAAGAUGCCAAACACAACAAUUGAAAUAGAGAAACUUGUUUUACCACGCUGGUGCCUCUAUAACAAGGAUUCAUUCCGGUUUGCGUUCAGUAAAUGGAAGAUUCUUAAAACACUGAUCAUCGCGCAUGAUGAGCGUAUCACCGGGACAUUUGAGUUUCAAGCUGUGGGAGAGAACUGUAGUAACCUCACCAACUUGAAAUACUUGGGUUGUUUGCAAGAUUACAUUGCUGACCAAAUCGUGCUUUACCUCCAGAACCUCAAGAGGUUGAGUCUGCGAUGCUCUUUAGUCACCACUACAGGAGUACUAUCGCUAAUAACGGGCCUUCAAAACCUCGAGGUCCUUAAUCUGUCACAUUGCAAAAAUUUGGCUCUGCAUCGUGGCCCCGUACCUAUUGACGGUGUUGUACAAGCCGCCACUCAGAAGCUUAACAAAAUUAUCCUGUGUUAGCAAGGUUGCAGCUUCUGCAAAGAUCAACGUAGCUUUUCAUGGACCUCAUUUUCAAAGCAUUGGCAAAAUGAUGAGAUAAAUGAACUUGAAUUCUGA